AUGGGCACGAUUUCACAAGAUCAUACCAAGUUGGACUCAGAUACAAUUGCAAAUGCCAUUAGACUAUUGGUCGAAGCAGACCCCUCGAUAAAGGUGAAAUCUGUUAUUGCAGAAGUCCAAGGCAAGUUCAACUACACUGUGAGUUACCGCAAGGCUUGGUUGGCAAAGCAGAAAGCUAUCGCAAAAAUUUCCGGUGAUCGGGAAGUUUCUUACCAGACUCUGCCAGUAUGGUUGAAAGCAAUGAUAGUGAAGAUGUCAAGGUCUCGUGUUCAAAUUAAAACGCUCCCCGUUUACCGUGAGAGUGAAGAGGUUCAAGGUAUAAGAGUUCUGUACCGAGUUUUUUGGAGCUUCUAUCCGUGUAUUAUAGCAUUCAGACACUGCAAGCCACUGGUGCAGGUUGAUGGCACGCACUUGUAUGAAAAAUACAAAGGUGCACUUCUGAUAGCGGUUGCACAAGAUGGGAAUCAAAACAUUGUGCCAAUUGCAUUUUUGAUUGUCGAGGGCGAGACAGCAGACGCAUGGGAGUUUUUCCUAAUCAAUUUGCGGAGAUAUGUUGUUACCAUUGAUGGUGUGGGUAUUAUUUCUGACUGCCAUACCUCCAUCGACGCUGCAAUAGCUCGCAGUAACGGUGCAUGGUCACCACCAAGGGCGUGGCACAUGUACUACAUCAGGCACAUCGGGUCCAACUUCUUAAGGAGGUUCAAGGCUCCAUAUUUGCAUAAACUCGUGGAGGAGCAAGAGUACAACAAAAAUUACCAAAGGCUUAAAGAGCGGGGUGAGGCAUAUACACAAUGGUGCGAUGAGAUCAGUGUUGAGAGAUGGGUGUCGGCAUUCGAUGGUGAUCAUUGUUGGGGACAUAUGACGACAAAUUUGGUAGAGUGCAUAAAUUCUUUCCUGAAGGGUGCACGCAACCUUCCUGUGACUGCCCUUGUCCUGUCAACUUUCUAUCGGCUGAAUGAGUUGUUUACUCAGAAAAGUACCGAGGCUCAUGAGCGUCUCUGCAACGGAUUCACGUAUUCAGAAUUUACAACAAAGAGAGUUGAAGAAAGCUUCCGACGUGCAGAAAAUAUUGUGGUCAACUGGUUCGAAAGGCGCAACGAGAUGUUUGAGGUCGAGCGACUUCUAUGUCGCCACGUGCUUGCAUGUUGCACCAACCAGCGUCUUGAUUGGCAAGUGCACGUACACGAUGUGUACAAGAUGUCUAAAAUUUGCAAGGUGUACAGAGGUGAGUUUGUUCCGAUAGGUGACCCAUCUACGUGGGAUAGAUACGAAGGAGCGAAGGUGAUCGCCAACUGGACAUUGAGGCACACGACGAAAGGAAGACCAAAGUCAACCUACUACUCGAAUGAGAUGGAUUCGCGUGAUAUGCGUGGUCCUCGCCGGUGCACUAUAUGUGGACGCGAGGGACAUAGCCGCAGCCGAUGUCCUUAG